AUGCCCUUGAAUGCAGAUAAAGCCAGCAGCGCUUUACAAGCCACUCUCGGCUCCGGUUGGAGCCUACGAGCAAGAGAGCUGUGGCAGGAGAUCAGCGUUGCAAACUCCUCUACUCUCUGCUGCACUUCUGCACGAGAAACACCCUUUGAUAUCAUGGAGUGGAAGGAGACAGGAAGCGCACGAUGCGGCAUUUGCGCUGUCCGCUGUGACGUUUUGUUUCAUGUUGUGGACAUGUCCCCUCUGUUCGUUUGUUUCACCCACUUCACGACAAACCUUGGAGCUUUGCUAACACCGUGGGGCUGGAGCUUUGUGCCACCGUAUGUGCAAUGGCGCUGCCAGCAGGUUCGUCUUCCACGGAUCAAUUCAGACAAUGACUUGACCUUCGAAAGUCUCGUCCCCAGCACGACAGUGGAAAAGGUGCUGAGUUGCUUUGAAAACCUUUUUGGACAAGUGCGCCUACAGAAGACACCUUGUGAAGCUGGAAUUCAACAGGGGGACCUUUCUCAACAACUUGGACCAGGUGACAGUAAAAACACAGGAGGCUCGCUCUCUGGGCGUCCCCCGAAGCCAGCAACGCUUUACAAGCCACACUCGACUCCGGUUGGAGCCUACGAACGAGUGGCUGGUCAGGCACGAAAGGCCAUGUUCAGCAGGGGCCCACAGAAGUGCAUUGCAGAGAAGCGCAUCGAAGGAAAGCCAAGGACCCUAAGCUCUGGCUUAGCGCCAGCAGAUAGAGCCAGGCAUCCUUCAAUGUGCACGUGCGCGAAAGGCCCGCAAGCUCUCGCUUAG